GCCCGGGCUGCCCCGCGGGGCCCAUGGCGGGCGGGGCCGGGCCGCACAGCGCACGGUCAUUGGCUGCCUUGGCGCCCAAUGGCGGCGCGGGGCGCUGCGCGGUGCGGCCAUGGCGGACAGUGAUGUGAAGUGGCUCUGGCUUGUUUAAACUGGAAGAUGUGGAGUGGGCUGUUACCUCCAGGACUGAAUGAAAGUGAUGUUGACUCAAGUUCUGAUGAGGGAGAUGGAUCGCAUAGCUCCUUUCCAAAGGAAGAUGCAAAAGAACAUAUUGAAGGAGUUCAGCUGUCUGAAUUCCAGGAGAGUGGACCUGAAAGGAAUGCCACCGGUGAACUCGUCUUGCCAUCAGUGACAGGUGGAGAAAGUGAAUGUCAAACGUGCCCUGCUGGAAUUCCUUUAAAUAUGUGGAAUAAGUUUUUGGAGCUUCAGCAGAAAAACCGUGACAUGAAAACUCAAGCACAUCAGGAGAACAGAAGCCGAAAAAGAAAGCGCCGCAGAAAAGGAAAACAGAAGCAGAUCGAGGAGGUGACUAAGAGUAGUGAACCGUUGAUGAUAAAUGAAGACAAAUGGAAAGAAUUGACACAAUACUUCGGAGUCAAUGAUAGAUUUGAAUCACCUGUGGAUAGCAGGGCUCCCCAAAAGUCUGGCCUUGAACUUAGCAUAGAGAAGUCUGUGGCUGAAGGUGACAUCGACAAAGCUGAGGAGCUGAGUGACAGAUUAGCCACGCGCGAGCUUGGUGUGAAAAUUGCCAAAGCUGCCGCUUGCCGCAACUUUGUAAAAGCCAAGCAAGAAGCAGAGGCUGCCCAAGAAGCUCGAAAGAAAAAAAAGCUUGCUUGGGGAUUUGAAGCCAAGAAAAGAUGGGAAACAAAAAGCAACAUGGGAUAUAUGUAAUCUAUCCUCAGGAAUCAAAUACCUGUUUUUACUGCGAGACUCUUUGUGGGCAACUUCUUAAAAUUAAACAAAAAAACCAGAGAGCCCAACACAUCAAGCUCCUUGUGUUUCUCUCCGUGCCGUUAGACUGCAGUAUCGUGGUUUGGCUCUCUCUUACAGUGUAGCAAAAAUAUGAUGUAAACAUCAAUGCUAUGUUAAAUACAGUAUUUAUCUUCAAAAUAUUAAAAUCUGAAAUAAUGCAUUUGGAGUCCGGUAGAGAACUCUUUAAAGCUGGAAUAAAAUACUUAGUCCAAAUGCAUUCUGUUCUGCACUGCAGUUAUAAUGCGUGAGUAUAAGGAGAGAGACGAGUUCUCCUGGUAAGGUUAUACAGACUUAUUGCAGUAAGCAUUACCAUUUGGAUUUGCUUGAUAGAAGGGGAGCACUAAAUAAAAGCAAAACCACCCUACCUGUUUAAAACCAUUAUUAUUGAUGCAUUUAUGGGCUUAGUGAAUGUAAACGGAGAAAAGUUGGCUGAAAAAGUCCAUCCUCGGUCUCCCAGGAGGAUUUGGUACUGUUUGUUGUGUCCUGCUGCCAUGUUCUUAAACUGAAAG